AUGAAGACCUUCACCGCAGCUGUGUCUCUGGCACUCUACGCCAGCUCUGCUCUCGCCUCAGCGCCAUCAACCUCCGGCACAGAAUGGAGGAGAACUCUCUUCCUCGACGACUUCACCGGCCGCUCCGGCCAAGCUCCUGACAGCUCCAAGUGGACAGCACAGACUGGCAUAAAAUACCCAGGGGGCCCAGAGCAAUGGGGAACCGGCGAGAUCCAGACCUACACCAACUCUGGCAACAACAUCCGUCAAGCUGGCAACGGCAACCUCAACAUCAUCCCAGUCAAGAACAACGCUGGAGCAUGGACAAGCGCCAGACUCGAGACCAACUCCGCCAGCUUCGCUGCUCCAGCUGGUGGCAAGUUACGCGUUGAAGCUCGCAUUGCAAUGCCAGAUGUUACCGGUGCCAAUGGCUUAGGCUACUGGCCAGCAUUCUGGAUGAUCGGCGGCAACUUCAGACAGAACCGCACGAACUGGCCCGCAGUCGGCGAGAUCGAUAUCAUGGAAAAUGUCAACGGCGCCGACACCAUCACCAACGUGUUGCACUGCGACAUCAACCCCGGCGGACGCUGCAACGAACCCAGCGGUCUCGGCCAAACCUCCUCCUGCACGGGCUCACGCUGCCCCGGUAACUUCCACAUCUACGAAGUCGUCAUCGACCGCACCACCAGGCCUGAGCAGAUCAAGUUCUGGGUCGACCGCAGCUUGCGCAAGACGAUUACACAGAACGACUUGGGAACGACCCUCUGGGCCAACACUAUUCAGAAGGGCUUCUACGUGGUUCUGAAUGUGGCGAUGGGUGGGGCGUACCCUAAUGCCGUGGCGGGGAUCAGCACGCCUACGAGAAGCACGGUUAGUGGGAAGCCUAUGCAGGUGGAUUAUGUGGCUGUCUGGAGUACGUCGUAG